AAAAGACCAACUCAAACUAGUCAGAGCCUGACUACUUUACUGAAAGGAUUCCAUGAUGAUGGAAGAGGCGUGUGAAGAGCAGCCAGAAAUGGUGUCUCAUGAAGAAGCCGUACAGGCAGAGAAAGAAGCUACUGCAAGCUUACCCCCAUCUGUUGGCACCACACCUCCCAAAGUUCAAGUUCCACCUACAUUAGAAGCUCCAUCUCCUCUACCAGCAUUUUUGACGAAAACAACCUCCUCAUCUCCAGGGACACCACAGACACCAGUUACAAAAUCUUCAACUCCAAGCCAACCUGUCAGGUCCCCAGUGUCAUCAGCUGCCCCAGAAUCUCCACAGAUUCCCCAUGAGGGAAAGAGUGAAGUGCCUCCACCCCAGCCUGCCCCAGAGCAAGAAAUUGUCAAGCCUCAGGGUGGUGGUCAGGGUCUCUUUGGGUGGAUCUCGGGCAACAGUCUAGUCAACAAAAUGGUGGAGAAAACAAAGAGUUCAAUGGAAUCUGUCAUAACUACAUUGGAUCCUGGCAUGAAACAAGUAAUUAACUCAGGUGGUGAUGUUGAAGUUGCUGUAACAUCAACAAAAGACAACAAAGUCGUGCCUGUGAGAGAAGCUUUUCAGUCUGUGUUUGGGAAGGCAACUGUUACUGGAAAAGCCAGCCAGGCUACCACAGCGGCCCAGCCAGUCGGUUUCACAGCGGGACUGAAAGGGGCUGAGGAGAGGAUUUCGAAUCUCAGAAAAAGUGGGAGUGUUCCUGAUGGUCAAACUGUGGUGUCUGUGGAGGGUUUCAUCGUUGAGAUUUUGCCAGACAGGUGGUUUGAGAUGAGCUGUCUUGUACUGAAAGAUCCUUCUCAUGGCAUAGAGCUCCAGACAUUCUCCCAGCCUACUCUCAUCCCAGCUGAGUAUGUGUUGAAGGCUCAGGACAAGACACCCUCAGACUACCCUUUGAAGUGGGCUGGUCUAGCAGUGACAAUCGGAGAAGUUAUUGAGGAAGCUCAACCUCACAUCGGCCAUGCAGACUGGCAAAUGGUUUUGUCCGGCGUCUCCAGGCGACAGUCUCUCCUCCUGGCGGCUCAGAGUCUUGCCUUCAUGUAUAAGGAGCGUCUUCCUACAUCUUUUGUUUCAUAGAGGCACAUUCUCCUGUGCUUCUCAGGUCGAUCAUAAUGAGGUUUUUGUCUGCUAAGAAUGAAGCUGUAUAAUGGCCUCAAUUCAAUAGCUAAAUUGUGGGUGGGGUCUGAAUUCGACCCUCCUCCCCAAUCCUCACCCCCCUAUUCUUUUUAUAAUAGAUUCUACCCCUCCUGAAAAUGCUAUUUUUGCAUAACAUGCAGAACAACAAUGGAAAUUUAGAGCAAUUUUACAGUUCCAUUUCUAGUGGCCCGAAUCGAAUUUUGACUGAUUGUUGAUAUAUUUUGUUCUUUUGAUGCAUCAUGUUCAAGGGAUGAAGUGAGUGGAAAUAUUUUCAUUCCUCUGAAGUUUGUUGGCAGGGUGAAGAAAAAUAUUUUACCUGCAGGGUGGACAUGUGGAUCAUCUUGAGGGUAUUUUAUAAUGAUGAUAAAGUGAUCUUUACAAGGGAACAUUGUAAUUGUAUGCUACAUAAACUCUGUGUGUAACUGAUAAAUGGAACAUGUCCCUCCCGUUUAUUUCCCAGACAUUUUAAAUCCCUUUUUUGUUGAGAUAUAAAUUGUGAUACACAUGUUCUGUCAACUGUGAAAGUUUUGUUGAUACAAGUUUCAUCCUGUUUGGAGCACAUCUUUACUGAUGUUGCUCAUUGAGCAUAAUUUUAAUCAAUGUUUUUGAUUAUUUGGAAUUGUGACAGUCACUGCAUGAAGGACUAUGUCCUCUCUCGAGUUCGUUUUGACAAAAGUUAAUGCCGUAUUACCUACUAAGUAGGGCAUAUCGAAUGUUAGGUGCUUGGUCCCUUGACUGAACACUGGGCGUGAAAGAAGCGUUCAGAGAACGAGAUAAAAUCAUCCCCCGUUUCCCAGGGUUGUAUCUUAAUGCACCAAAGCGACCACUGGCAUAAAAAAUGUAGGCCUUAUUGUAAAAAUAUUUGUCCACAUUUUGAUAUGAGGUCAGUGCUCUCUCGGUUUGUCCUUCUCAAUGUGUCUUUGAUAUUGAUUUUCAUUUGCCAUUUCCUGGCGAUUGUCUUGAUACUUAAGUGGAGUUGUGAUUGUUUUUAAAAAGAAUGCAAAAACAUGAAUCCAAUCAACGCUAUUUUUCCCGUCUGACACUGCAAAAUUGAUAUUACUAUGCAGAGAGAAAGAAAUAUAAGUCUCCAGUAAGAGUAAAGAAAUUGACAUUAAGACCAUCUUGUUUUAAAGAUUUGUUGCCUGUGCAUGUGCCUUCAAGAAUAUUGUCCACAGCAGUCCUAUUUAUUUUGGUGGAAUUUAGCAAUCAGCCUAUAAAAAAAAGUCUUGUGGUCUUGUGAGGAUUUUGCGUACAGGGCAUCAUAGUCCAAGGAAUGUGAAGUACUGAAGGAAAUGAAAGGAAAGAUCUUUAAAACACUGUUGCUUUGGAGAGUUUCAGAAUACAAUAAACUUUUACUCCUCGUUUACAAAUCAACAAAAAUCUUGAAAAUUUGAUUGUUUCAGAUGGCCAUUUUGCUUGCUACUCUUUGUAAUAAUGGAAUAAGUGACAUGAGUGGCUGACAAUUUGCAAAAUGGUAGAAGUUUUUAUUUGGGAAUGGUUUACAAAGACAAUAAUCUACACUGCCUGUAAAACUAAAAUGGCAGUGGACAGGCAUUCUUGAUUAAGGGUGAAUAUUGAGGGCACGUUGUCAGUGUUGCAUUGAUAUUAUUUUUGUCAAUAUGGUACUUAGUUUGUAUUAUUUGUUGAGUUGGCGGCUAAAAAUUUAGAGAAUGAACCUGUAUUCUGUUGUCCUGCUAUCACUAACAAACUUAAGAACUUGGCCUCUGUUCGCUAUUAUGUUUUUAUCUUGUAUUGUUUCUGUUGGUGAAUAUGGUUCUUUUUUAUUUUCUAUUUCAAGAUCUGUGGUAAAAUCUGUUUUUCAGCUCAGUCUAAAAUGCUUCACACUAACCUCAAAGUGUGUCAUUUUUUCAAAAGUUUACUGUCUAGUUGUUGUGAAAAUAACUUUCCUUUAUUCCUUAUUCAUUUAUGUUCGCAUUGCAUGGCCAUUUUGUUUUCUUUAAUGUGUGAUUUGAAAAUCCCUGUCAUAUUUCCCCUUUAGUAGUACAUGACUCGUUUAGGAUGCAACUUCUCAGAAUCCAUUUAACUGUUUCCUUUAUUUUGGUUUUACAGUUGUGAUACUUUUUCAUCUCACUUCUGAGUUUCUCUAAGCAAUUUUACCUUUAUGUCAGUAAAACGAUUGUUCGUAAGUAAAAUGAUUGUUUAUGUCUUGAGGCUUAUGUUGCUAAAAUUUUACACGCUACACAUGCAAUAAGACCUUCACAUUUUCUAUGCCGCUUUCAAAUUCAUAAAAUGUUUAUGUAAUUGACAUGGGAAAGAGCAGAAAAUAUUCAAUUGACUCUAAAGUUUCUUAAUUCAGGCAGUUUUACUGUGGGUGGUUGGCUGAUGCUGUGGUGUGGUUUGCUCCUUCUUUCCUAUCAAACAUCUAUCAUCCUUAUCUCUCUUCCUCCUCUUUUGUGUAUAUUACUCUCUUGUAUCACCUCUAAUUGUCGGCACUUACAUGACCUAAUUGUGUUACAAGUGCUGUUAAAAUCUUACUAAAACUAGAAAAAAGCAGUUUCACUGUUACAGUGCUAGCAAUCUUUUAUUGUCUCUACCACUUCAGCACACCAGCUGUAAGUUUUUCUUCCCUCAGUACAAUAAUAUAUAUAUAUUAUAUAUCCCCUCCCCCUCACCCCCAAUUGAAUUGUUGUGUCCCCUGAUUUGUUGAGAAUGCCAAAUGAAUUUGAGAGUAGGUUUGAGGGAAUGGCAGCUGUGUGUAUUUUUCAGUGCUAGUGCUACGAUCCCGUUUCAUUUCUUGGAAAUGGUAUCUAGUUAUACUGAUCCCAUUGUCUUCUUUGUUUUAGCAGCCCCUUUGAUUUCUCAGAUUAAAACAUGACGUAUCUCUACACCUUUAAAAUUUCCUAUUUUCUAUACAAAUGUUUCUGUACUUUCUUUACAUGAGGACUAUUUGUUUGUUUAAUUUUGUUAAAAUGUUCAGAGUGCAUGAUUAGAACUUGCAGGCUUGCUAUGACUAGCAUAGAUCACUCGCAAAAUGAUUUUGCUGUGUUCAGGCUUUCUUAUUUCCCCUUGCAAGGCUGUACAUUCUGAGCCAAUACUCUGUGGAGGGUUCUUACGCAAUAAACAAUAUGAGCUAUCAAUGAAA